AGCGGGGCUGAGCUGAGGGGCCGGGCCGCCGGGCUGAGGGAGAGCCCGGGGUGUCCGCCUGAGGAGCGGCGCCGCUCGGGACUCACGAUGCGGCGACUGGGAGUUUGAUGAAAAGUCCGGAGAGCGCGAACGGCCCGGGGAAGGAGGGCAGGGAGCCGGGCCCAGGCCCAGCGGAGUCCGAGGCCUCGGGCCCCCGGAGGCCCAUCCCGCAGCUGAUCGUGACCCAGGACGAGUCGCUGCUGCUGGGCCCCGAGGAGCAUCCGGACGAGGAGUCCCGGUCCUCGGAUAGCGGCUGCGGGGGCUCCCCGGCCCCGUCGCUGCUGCUCCGCAAACUCUCGGGAUCGUCCCUGUCCUCGGCCGGACUCUCCUCAUCCUUCGAGGAAUCCGAGGAUGAUUUCAGCCCCUCCAGCGACGCCGAGACGCAGCAGCAGCAGCAGCAGCAGCAGCUGGGCCUGGAGGACGGCCCGGGGAACAAGUCGUGGAAGAAGCUGAAGACCAUGGUGCACUGGUCCCCGUUUGUUGUCUCCUUCAAGAAACGCUACCCCUGGGUGCAGUUAGCAGGUCAUGCAGGUAACUUUAAAGCUGGAGAUUAUGGAAAGAUCCUGAAGAAGUACUGUGAGUGUGAGCAUCAGUGUUUGGAGUCCCUGAUGAAGGAUCCUUUGCUGCGCCCCUAUGUGCCAGGCUACUAUGGAGUGGUGGACAAGGAUGGCGACAGCUACAACCAGAUGGAUGAUCUGUUGGCAGAGUUUGAUUCCCCAUCAAUCAUGGACUGUAAGAUGGGGGUGAGGACAUACCUUGAGGAGGAGUUGACCAAAGCUCGCGAGAAGCCCAAACUGCGGAAAGACAUGUAUGAGAAGAUGAUCGCAGUGGAUCCAAACGCACCCACACAGGAGGAGCACGAGCAGAAAGCUGUUUUAAAGCCACGUUACAUGCAGUGGCGGGAGACGCUCAGCUCGACUGCAACACUAGGGUUCAGGAUAGAAGGCAUCAGGAAGGCUGAUGGCUCCUGCAGCACAAGCUUCAAGAAAACCAGACUCAAAGAGGAGGUUAUGGAGGCACUGGAAGAUUUUGUGGACAGCAACAGAAACAUCCUGAGAAACUACUUGACACGAUUGAAAGAACUGAGGACAGCGCUGGAGGGCUCCGAGUUCUUCAAUACGCAUGAGGUGGUGGGAAGUUCUCUCCUCUUUGUCCAUGACAAGUCAGAGCUGGCAAAGGUUUGGAUGAUUGACUUUGGGAAGACAGUGUUGUUACCCAACCAUGAGACACUGAACCACAGGGUGGCCUGGGUGGAGGGCAAUCGGGAGGACGGCUACCUGUGGGGGAUGGACAACCUCAUAAACAUUAUCAACCAAAUGGUGGAGGGGUGACUGUUUCUGGCAGCCCUCAGGACUUCCGUUCUCAGCUGGCCAAGUCUGCUGCUUUGAGGAUGACGCACUGGCCCUGGCACAGGGAGUGAGGUGGUUGGACUCUUUCUGGAAACGACUUCUUCCCUCCUCAACACCUCUGACAGGACCUGAAGCUCGGUGCAGUAACCAAGGAGGGACACAGUGCAUCACUCGUUUGGGAGGGUGGUCCAGGGCAGGGAGGGGGUGGUUGGUGGUGUCGGUUCUAAAAACGGGUGAUGAAAGCUGAGCCGAGAGCAUGCUUGUGAUUUCCGGGGUUUGAUGUGCUGUGAUCAAACUAUAAAGCUGUCAUUCCUGAAUACUGUGCCAGCCCUCUGACCUCAGCAGGGGAAAGUGGGAAAGGGGAGUUUGAACUUUGAACUAUGGGCACUGCUCCCUGUGGGUUAGUGCAGAGCAGACACCAUGACUGGUGGAGCCAGUGAACACUUUUUUUUCCAAUGUGCAACUCGAGCAGAAACACUGGACAGAGGCCGAGAUGUUUCUAAUUCAUUCCUGAGUCUGUUCAAUGGUUUUAAAACUGCAGAACAGAACAGCAGUAAAACCCGCCAAUCUUUCACUGACACAGGGACCUGUGGCUCUUGUACAGAUUAGAAAUAUUUUUCCGUUCUUUCUCAACUUGCCACAUCAGGCCCCAAAUGAUAUGCUGUCACUCAACCGAAUUUCCCUGUUGGCCAAACCCUCCCACUCCCACCCCAGCAAGAUGGGUUCCCCACUGCACUGAUAAACUCGGGAGAGACCCCCAGGCAGUUGGGGGGGGGGCGGUGAGGUGAGGGCCCCUGGACGGGGGAUGCUGAAUGAAAACUGGGUGGAACAAUCCAUUGCUAGUCUUCCUGAAACUCAGGUGAGAGUCAAACACUUUUUUUUUUAAAAAUUGAAAAAAAUCUCUAAACCUGCCGUGAACACAAACUGGGGAGUGGGUUAGCUGAGUAGAAAUAGAGAGGGUCCAUGCAGCCAGUUUCAUUUUAUUUCAAUCUGAUUCCGCAAUCAGCUAGCCACACUGAUUUGUCCUUUCUCUGCAGUAUCUCUGUGUCCAGGAGAGUGCACCCCUUGCACUCCGCUGUUUAGACUUUACUAGCGGGACAGGAUUGUGCACCAAGUCCUGUCUCAUGAUGAUGUGAGGGCGUCUUAUCAAAGGAGAUUGGUUAAGAGUGGGGCAAGGGAGCUUAACCAUGAGUGCAGAGCUUUCUUGAUCUAGUUUCUGCUCACUCCUGGAAUGUGGUGCUUGAGGGCUGGGGCUCCGGCCUCAAACAGUAAGAGAAUGUCAGAGAGCAGGUGAGCCCCAGAGGACAGGGGGUAGGUAGUAAGUGCUCUGUGUGGCCUUGCCACUUACAGCUCACUGUUAGCGUGGCAGUCUGCCCUGGGCAGUGCCAUUAGAUUGGGUGGAUGGUGCCCCUUGCAGCACAGGUAUGGGUGUAAAUCAUAGAGCAGGGAAUGAGGCCAUUCGGCCCUAUGCAUCUGUGUCGGCUCUUUCCAAGUAUUUAUCCAAUUCCCCUUUUAAGGCUAUUAUUGAAUUUUUAUCCACCACUUUAUCAGGCAGCACAUUACAAAUCCUGACUCCUUGUUGCGUUUAAAAAAAAACGAUUUUCCUCAUGUCGCCUCGGGUUCUUUUGUCAGUUACCUUAACAGGUGAAGCCAAUGCCCCCUUGUGUUCAGGGUCCGAAGAGGUGCAGGUCUGUAGUGGGAUAGCCAGAGUCUCUGCAGUUUCCACAUUGCUCAUGGUGGCACGGCUGCUGAUGACCAAGGAAAGACGUGCCGAAACUCAAGAGCAAAUCAUUCUAGCAUUCUGUAGGGCAUGGUUUAGUAUUAAUCUACUUGAGUGUGGAAACAAGUAUAGAGUCAAUGACACUGACACAGGGGAUCUGGAAGGCAAGAGUGGAUUUAUACUGUGCGGUCUCUCCUUUGGGAUCUGUUUUUUGACUGGAGAGCGAAGCAGAUUUGAUCUGACGAUUUCUCCUGUUUCUGAUGCCAGUGCUGCCCCACCUUGCUACUUCAACAGGGUAUAAAGGCCCCAACAAACUGUGACACAUUCCCCAACACUCAGGAGAUGGGAUAGUUCCUGGAACGUUACAAUCAUCUUGUUGGAAGGAUGGUUCUGAGUGCUCAGAGUUUAGUUCUGGGAAAAGUAUCUGGGUAUGCUGGACUUGAUACCUAAGGGCCUGUUCUAUAACAGUGGAGGGUCAGUGAUUCCAGACGGGGGAGGGAGGGGGAUCUAAUUGCCCAGUGCUGCUAUUCACUAAUUCAGGGAGGCAGGUGCCAUCUGCGGCCAGGCUUAGAAACUAUACGUUUAAAAAUUAUUCUGCCCUGACUCUGGUUCUUCCAAACCCUCAGGACUUGAGAAUUUGGAAUGGGAAGCGCUCCUGGGAAUGCCUCCCACAUGAUUGCAAAGUGGGAGAAGAUGCAUCAUCUGCAGGUUCCAAAUGUUCCCAAAGUGUUAACUGAAACCUCUGAAUCGAGGCUGAAAUAAAUGGACAAGUGGGGGUUCUGGGAGAUGGUGGGUGGCGGGGGGGCAGCUGAGUGUGAAUGGGUCUCCUGUCUGGAAUGCAAACCUGGAUGUUCCCGGUUCUGGACUGGCUGCAGUAUUUCGAUGCGUUUUACUGUCCCGUGUUUCAGUCUCUCCCGAGUCUUUUAUGAGCUGAAUCUCAGGCUCUGGGAAAUUCCCAUCAUUCAGUACACAGGGCAGCAGACUUGGGACAGUUAGGAACAUGGUUCAACCAACAGAGUCUUGACCCCCAAAGGCAGAUUUUAAUUCCAGGUUUCUGCAGCUGGGGAUUGUUGCUUUCUGUGGAUGAGUAGUUUUAGACCUAGUUUAAAUCCCUUUCCAGCAAGGUGUUUUUAUUGAAUUCUGUGUAAUAUUCCAGGUGGCAUUAGAAUUAUUUCCAAGAAAGGUCAGAUUUUCCCUUCAUUCCACUCCGGUCCAAAGCAGUUCCCGUGAACUCCUGGCACUAUUUCUACAGGGAUUUGUUUCUGGAAUUUGGUUGUAAUCAGUUCUGGGCCCGUACUUGCUGCAACCUCAACAGGAAUUUAAUUAAUUGAUCCUGGGAGUAAACUGGAUUUUUUUUUUUAAAGACAGAACGACCAUCUGUGCCUCUAUCCAUUUAAGCCUGUAUUCUGCCCCUCUGUCCAACAGGACAAUGUGAAACUGGGACCAAUUCCUGGACUUUCCUGUGUGGUAUAGGUGUAAAAGGAGUGACGGCGUCCUGUGGGUGCUGUGGAGAGGGAAAGCUGCCCUCAGCAGCAGACAGGUUCAGACCAGCCCAGUCACUCCCUGUCUCUGCAGGGCUUCUUCAAGCUUCAUUUUAGAACUAAACCCAUUUGUGGUACAUCAGGGACCACAGUAGCAGCAGAAACUCAGUAUGUUCACUUAAAGCAACUCUGAGUCUGCAGCAAGUUGCAUCUUUAUGUUGUCCUUAAUGUACAAAUACCUGCCUAAAAUGGAAAGGGAAGAACAGACACUGGAGAUAUUUGGGGCGGUGACUAAAUUUUAGAGAUCAUCUCCAAUUGUCCCUUUACUGAGGUGGACCAAUUUCCACCAGCUCUCUGCCCCAGUGUGAAAGAGGCCCGAGGGAUCCCUCUGCCCAUGUUUUAACUGGCUUGGAGAGAUUCCUUCUCUCACAGCCCAGCUCUGAAUGGGUAGGUUUGUAGUUGUACAGCAGGAAAUGUGUCUCAGCCUGCAUCUCUCCAUUGAAAUUCCGGUGACAGCACUGAAAUAUCAGAACAAAUUAAUCCUGUUGAUGGUAUAAUGAGUUCAGUCAUUGUAAAUAUUUCUGAUGUCUCGCCUUGUUCAGAGGGCUCCUGCCUUAUAUACGAAAAUCUGUUGUACUAUAUGGAUCUGUGUACAUUGAAUCUUAACUGCAAUGUGUCUUAACUGAAUAUGUUUCCUGCUGUAUACCUUCUUCACCUUUCUGGCCAAGGGUUUUAUAUCUAAUAUUUGGUUCUGGUCAGAUGCUGAGGGAACGGCUGCAGAAUGGGAAAUUAACCAGUUGAGCAGCCUGUAUCGUGGUGGAACCGUUUUUAUUUUAAAUCCUGGAAGCUCUUUUGUUCUUUCAUGGGAUGUGAGCAUUGCUGGCAAGCCCAGAAUUUGUUGCCCAUCCCUAGUUGUCCUUGGUGCUGAGUUCUUGGAGGACUAACACAUCAUUUAUUUUUAAAAAGAAUGGUAAAAUGUAUCCCCGGGACUGGGGUGUAACAGGGUCGUGUCGGAGAGAGAGGGAAGGUAGGGUCUAAACCCACCUUGGGUUUCUCCUUUCAGGGCCAUCAGUGACCUUGGCACAGGUGGUCAGACUUGAUGUGAUCUCUCUCUUUUCCCCCAUGCUUUCUCCACAGACAGCAGGAAGAGAGUUAUUUAACAUUAAUAAGCCACAAUUGCAGUCACAAUUUGAAAACCUUGUGUUCAGGGAGAUGAAAGCACAGAAUGCUACCUGGCCCCUAAAGUAUUAAUUUAGUCCGGUACACUUUUGGAAGUGUUUUCCUCCAAGUCCUCACUGCCGUUGAGAUUGAAAGGUUUGAGAGUGUUAGAUUCUGCCUGCCCCUUGUCAGGUCAUGAGUUGCAGUUUGGCACUGGUACUGAGUCAGGUCUCUUAGUGCUGAUCAGAAAGAGAGUGUGCACCUUGGUGCAGAGUCCGCCUGACUGAGCUACAGCUGAACAUAGUCAGGACAGAUGGAGGGAGGUUCACCUCAGUUGUUGCAGGUCUGACUGCGCUCACCAGCAUUGCAGAGAUAGCAGGGCCCAGUGCCCUGAGUACUGAGAGCUUCCCAGAGUCUCAUUGUCUGCCAGGUGAAUGCAGGGAGAGUAGAAGAGCAUAAGUCCUACCCUCAGACUUUCACCAGUCAACGAGUGUAUUUUGAGUGGAUUCUGGUUUUGAGAUUCCUGCCAGUAAAACACUGAUUGGGACAUUUGACUAGCUAACCAGACUGAUCUAAAGUCCCAGCACAGCUACCUGUGCCAGACUGUCCAACUCUCUUCCAGUUUUCGUUAUAUUUCCUGCAAAUAGAGAGCCCAAUCCCCUCAUUUGAGGUCUCGUCUUCCGGCUCCCAAUACACACAAGCACACGUUGUUUACAAAGCUAUCCUUGAAAAAGUGUUAACCCUCCUCUUUAUAUCUUUGUGUUUAUGAACAAUUGCUGGAAAAUACUGGAAUUUGCAUGUUUUUCUAAUUUAUAUUGCAUUAAAAUUGUAUUGCUGGACUAAUUUGCAUACAAUGUUAACUAGCCGAUUCUUUGUCAUAAUAAACCUGCCUCUAGUGGGGAUUUCUACAUAUUUA